AUGUUAACUGAUUUUCAACUUCCGAUAGCGCUAUUCGUAUCGUUUUCGUGUUUCGUGCUUUAUAGAGCGAGUGAAAGUAUCGGUUUCAGGCUCCCAAGCGGUUUCACUUCACGUGCUUCGUUUUAUCUACCUGAUGAUAAUGUGAACGCUAAUUCAUCGGAUAGUGAGGAGUACAGGCUUGAGAAAGUGUUGAAGAAUGCUGCUAUGGAGGAUAAAACAGUGAUCUUAACAACUUUGAAUGAAGCAUGGGCUGCUCCUAAUUCAGUUGUUGAUCUGUUUCUUGAAAGUUUUAGGAUUGGAGAUCACACUCGUCGACUUUUGAAUCAUUUAGUGAUUGUUGCUCUUGACGAGAAAGCAUUCUCCAGGUGUUUGGCUUUACAUACUCAUUGCUAUGCACUAGUGACUCAAGGGGCUGAUUUUUCAAAGGAAGCUUAUUUCAUGUUCCCUGGCUACUUGAAGAUGAUGUGGAGAAGGAUUGACUUUUUGAGGGUAGUGCUUGAAAUGGGAUACAACUUUGUCUUCACGGAUGCUGAUAUCAUGUGGUUUAGAGAUCCAUUUCCUCACUUUUACAAGGAUGCAGACUUUCAGAUAGCAUGUGAUCAUUUCUCAGGUGAACCGGAUGAUGUGGGGAAUAAACCUAAUGGUGGUUUCAAUCACGUGAGGUCGAAUAACAGAUCAAUUGAAUUUUACAAGUACUGGUAUUCGUCAAGAGACAAGUAUCCAGGUUUGCAUGAUCAAGACGUUCUUAAUAAUAUCAAGAACGAUUCUUUCAUAAGGGAUAUUGAUCUCAAAAUGAGAUUCUUGGACACAGCAUACUUUGGUGGAUUUUGUGAACCUAGCAAAAAUCUGAGUGAAGUAUGUACAAUGCAUGCUAAUUGUUGUUAUGGGAUGGAAAGCAAACUUCAUGAUCUUAGAAUCCUUCUUCAAGACUGGAAAAACUUCUUGUCAUUGCCACCAGCACAGAAGAUAUCAUCGGAGUUAUCAUGGCGAGUUCCUCAAAACUGCAGUCUUGAUUCUCUCCGCCACUAUGCUCCGCCACCAGUGAAUAAUAUGGAACAGUUGAAUGGACAUAGAAGAUAGGUCGAAAUUUUGUAAUUUUAGUUGCUGUUGUUGUUUCAGAAAUUAGAAGUAAUUGAAAGGUAAAGAAUUUUUUUCCUUU